GGGUUUUGUUUCUGUCACUCUUGCGAAGCAGCAAAACCCCCCUGCCCCGGCAGUCCUCUCUAGGAAGUGGGAACGAAUCAUCAAAAGAAGAGUAGAACCACCACCAACAACCCAACCCGGAAAGAAUGGUGAGAUUAACAGCAGACCUGAUGUGGAAAAGCCCUCAUUUUUUCAAUGCUAUUCGGGAGCGCGAGCUAGAUCUUCGAGGAAACAAGAUCGCAGUCAUUGAGAACUUGGGUGCUACUGAGGAUCAAUUCGACACCAUUGAUUUGUCCGAUAAUGAGAUAGUGAAGUUCGAAAACUUUCCGUUUCUUAACCGGCUUGGCACUUUGUUAUUGAACAACAAUAGGAUUACUCGAAUUAAUCCCAACCUUGGAGAGCUAUUGCCAAAGUUGCAUUCUUUGGUCCUGACUAACAACAGACUGACUAACUUGGUUGAGAUUGAUCCACUAGCAUCGCUUCCCAAGUUGCAAUUCCUUAGCCUGCUGGAUAACAAUAUUACAAAGAAACCCAAUUAUCGGUUGUAUGUCAUCCACAAACUUAAGUCUCUGCGUGUGUUGGAUUUCAAGAAAGUGAAACAAAAGGAGCGACUUGAAGCAAAUAGUCUAUUUGCAUCUAAAGAAGCUGAAGAAGAAGCUAAAAAGGUAUCUACAAAGACAUUUGAACCCGGUGAGGUUCCAAGCACCCCAGAGGUUCCAAAGGAGGAGCAAGCACCUAAAGCAGUUGCUCCUACACAAGAACAAAUUUUAGCUAUUAAGGCUGCAAUUGUGAAUUCCCAAACUCUGGAAGAGGUGGCAAGGCUUGAACAGGCACUGAAAACUGGCCAACUUCCUGCUGAUUUAAACAUUGGAGAGAUUGAUGAUGCAGGUAAAAGUGAAAAUGCCAGAGAGGACAAAAUGGUUACUGAUAGUGAAGAAAAAACCAAUGAUCAACCUGGAAAGGCUGAAUCUGAAAAUAAGAAUGAUGGUCCUGAAGAAAUGGAGCAGGAGUAAAGAGUGGGCUUUGCUUCAUUUGCAAGUUUUCUGGAGUACUGAAAAGCGGUUGACAAUUUGAGGAUUAUGGCCUGCAGCUCUUUUUUUUUUUUUUUUUUGGUUGGUCGGUCAGAUACUAGUUAUGUCCAAUUAGAGAUACACUUAUGUACUCCUAACCACGUUUUCGUAACCAUUGAACUGGAAGCAUAUUAGUCAUCGUUAGGUUAAGUUGUAUCUUUCAGAAUUACCUUUUGACAAUUUUGGAUUCACCAAAAGGCAAUGAAGGUAGAAUUAUAGCCGUAUAUGCUUGCAAA